GCUUAGUUGUUGACGGUUAUAGCAACGUCACAUUUCAGUUCAGUUCUGGGUUUAAAGAAUGCCUUUAGUUAUGAGCUUUCUUGAAAUGCUAUAAUGCUAACGGAUUAGGGAAAGUGAAAAAAAAUUAACGUGAAAGAUAUAGUCAACAAAUCAUGACCGCAAUCGUCGAUCGACUGCAUUUGCUGUUGACGUUGAUUUCCAUGUCGAAGGCUAUGGAAUGCCAACAAUUCAGAGCAAAUCUUGAGGUUGACAACAAAAUCUCGACACAGGCACCAUCAGACAAUUUGCACGCUGUUUCGUUUGCCAGCUGUUCCCGAUCGUGCAUAAAUGGAUGCGAAUGUUUCAGCUUUAACUCUCGGUCAAAUAUGUGCAGACUUUAUAUACAUAGAAGCUCAUGUGAUCCCUCCAACAUGACGUUUAGCGAAGCAGGGUGGAGAUCAUACACAAUCUUUGAAAUACAACCAACAGAGACAUUACCACUGGACUGCAAGUCACUAUACAUGAACGGGAAAAGAAAAUCCGGAGUGUACACUAUUUACCCUUGGGAGAGGUCUGACCCUAAUUACCGUCCUGUUCAGGUCUACUGUGAUAUGGAGACAGAGGGAGGAGGAUGGACGGCAAUACAAAGACGGGUUAAUGGAGAAGAAAGCUUUAAUCGGAACUGGACGGAGUACAAACUCGGAUUUGGAUCACCUAAUGUUGACUACUGGAUUGGAAACGAUGCCAUACAUCAGCUAACAAAUGGACGAAAUUUGUCAUUGCGAGUCACAAUUGCGCCAAUGAACGGUGGUUCUGUAUCUUUCAAGAUGUAUCACCAGUUUUACGUUUUUAGCGAGGACCAGAACUAUACACUUCAAGUUGCAGUGCCCGGAAAUGGAAAUUUAGAUGAGAAUCUAUUAUAUAGUGGCGGAAUGCAGUUUAGUACAGUCGAUGUCGACAAUGACAAGCAUUAUUAUAUUAACUGUGCAGCUGCCCUCUAUGGGGGCUGGUGGUUCAAUAAUUGUCAUGUUGCCUAUCUCAACGGUCCUUGGCUCUCGACAUCCUGGGAUAAACCUUGGUAUUCACAAUAUAUGAUAGGAUCAGAGGUGAAUGGAACAUCAAUGUUGAUAAAAUAG